AUGGAAUGGCCUUUGCAAAUGGAUUUUGGCAAUAGAGUCAUUGUAAAUGGUCAUAUCUCACUUAGCGCAAAGAAUAAUGAAGUUUUAAUUACGUUUUUAAAUCAAGAUCGCAAAACAAUUUUAAUUGAUUCAUUAUCUCAACUGCAAACAAUCGAAUUUGAUGAUGCUGAUCCUCUUUUAAUGGAAUUAAAAGGUCAAAACAUAAAAAGAAAAUUUAAAUUAGAAAAUGAAACUGCAGUAUCAAGUAUAUGGAGUUAUUUUCAGCAAUAUUAUCGACUUAAACCAGCUCCAGGAAAUCAUAGAAUAUUUUCAAUUCUUCCUAAAACUCCAAAUCCAAAUCGAUCUCGCGGAAUUUUAUAUCAAGCUGUUAGAUCUAACUCAACACCUCUUGCAGAAGUGAAAUUUUCACAUACGGCUGAUGGAAUUACUAAUGAACUCAUUCGAGAAUCAAUCUCAGAAUUACAAAUCAUAGAUAUUGACGAAAAUAACUAUGAUAAAGUAUUUAGUAAUGGCAAAGUUAUAAAUGGAUACUCAGUCAGUGAACUUGAUGUAUCUCCAGCCUUUACAAUUGAGUUAUGGAGAAGAAUUUUAGGAAUUCAAGAGUGGCGCUUUGAAGAAUACUCAAAACUUAAAGCCCAAUUAGAUCCAGUUCUUACUGGCAAAGUAGAAGCCAAUGUUACACUUAAAAAAUUCAUUGAAACAUCAAAAAAUGAUUUACAAAAGAAAAUUUUCACAAUAGAAGGCGGGGAAGGUAUAGCUUUUAAUGCUUUACUUGCCUUCUUCUUAAAUAACUUCUGUACUGAUGAUUAUAUCCCAAGUAUGUCUCAUGUUGUGACAUUAUUUACGAAUUGCCUUUUGGCUGGAUCUGCAGGUGAAGAUAUGUUCUAUACUCAAUCUGGUGAUAAUAUAUCUGCUGAUCAAGCAAGUUCUAUUAUUUUUUCUUUAUUUGAUUCUUAUUAUUCAAAAACAUCGGGAAUUUUAUCAUCCUUGUUUGAUGAUACGUUGCAGUUAAUAAUGUUGUCGUCACCUUCUACUCAUGAAAUGAUUUCUAGUGCUAAUUUGGAAAAUUUUAAUUUUCUUAUUGACGAAGUUGGAUCUCUCUUCAUAAAAGGUAGGGACAUGGAAAAUUCUGUGCUUCUUAUGACAGCUGGUCUUUCAUCACCAUCGAUUCCUCAGUUUGUUCGAACAUUUUUAGCAUCUUCCUUUAUUUUGCUGCAUAAUCGUCUUGCUGAAAUAGUUGAAGAGCAGCCAUCCCUAUUUUGUGAUACAUAUAUCAGACUUCUUCAAACAGUCAACGUUAGAUUAUUGCUGCAUAACGCGCAUCUAAUGUCAGACUUUGAAAAUGAAGCUGAUAAAUAG